AUCUCUCUCCCAUCCCCAUGUUACCGCGUCCCCAAGUCCCAGUGGUGCGGGAGGUCCCGUUGGGUGUCCCCACAGAUCCCUCUCCCAUCCCCAUCCGUGUCCCCAAGUCCCAGUGGCGCGGAAGGUCCCCGUUGGAUCCUUCUCCCAUCCCCAUGUUACCGCGUCCCCAAGUCCCACUGGCGCGGGAGGUCCCAGUUGGGUGUCCCCACAGAUCCCCCUCCCAUCCCCAUGUUAGCACGUCCCCAAGUCCCACUGGCGCGGGAGGUCCCCGCUGGGUGUCCCCACAGAUCCCCCUCCCAUCCCCAUACGCGUCCCCAAGUCCCACUGGCGCGGGAGGUCCCCGUUGGGUGUCCCCACAGAUCCCCCUCCCAUCCCCAUCCGCGUCCCCAAGUCCCACUGGCACGGGAGGUCCUCGUUGGGUGUCCCCACAUACCCCUCCCAUCCCCAUCCGCGUCCCCAAGUCCCACUGGCGCGGGAGGUCCCCGCUGGGUGUCCCCACAUACCCCCCUCCCAUCCCCAUCCGCGCGUCCCAAUUCCCACUGGCGCGGGAGGUCCCCGUUGGGUGUCCCCACAUACCCCACUCUCAUCCCCAUGUUAGCGUGUCCCCAAGUCCCACUGGCGCGAGAGGUCCCCGUUGGGCGUCCCCACAGAUCCCUCUCCCAUCCCCAUCCGUGUCCCCAAGUCCCACUGGCGCGGGAGGUCCCCGUUGGGUGCCCCGGCCGCUGUCCAUGAAGAAGGACGGCAUCCAGACCCGCAACCGCAAGCUCAGCGCCAAGAAGAAGAAGAAAGCAAUGCUCGGCUUCCCCGACAUGCUACGCUGCGACAAGUCGGGCGCCGCAGCCGGCGCGUUUGGUGGCUUCGGAGGACACGGUGGCUACAACAUGUACACGAUGUACGGUAACCAGCACAUCGCUGCAGCCGCCGUUGCAGCAGCUGCAGCUGCAAGUUCGUCCUCCAUGGCAUCCUCCAUGGCAGGUGGACUCAUGGGUCCUGGUGGACAAGGGGCAUAUCAUGGCCAUCAGCACCACCCCGGGAUGCAUGGCAUGUCUGGUUUGGGGCUCCCGAGCGCCUCGCCUGCAGGAGGCGCGUCCAUGGGCCUGGGAGGAGGCUUUUGUACAGUGGGGGCGUAG